UCCGUAGCUGUAAUCAGCUGUUAUCUCACGGCUUUGUGGAAAUCUGUGUGACAUACUCCAGAAAUGAAGCCAUGGACCAGGAGCCAACUAUGUGGAUAAAAAAAGAGGAAACGGAUGAAGUACAAACUGAGUUACACUCCAUGUUUCUUGAAGACCCAUUAAAGAAUGAAGGCCCUAGUGUUUGGGUAAAACAAGAUCCCGAACUGAAACAACAUGCUGAUGGAUCUGAGCAUAAUUCUGUCAAAGAUCCAUUGAGAAUAUCUUGGUCCACUGAUUUUGUCAAGGAGGAUCCUGAACUAAAGUUGAAAACGAAUUUAACUGAGAAUAUUAUGGAAACCUCAACAAGAUACGCAUCUGAUAGUGCAAGAUUGACUCAGAGUACUGGUGGGAGCUGUGACAUGUCAUGGGAAGAAACUUGUGACCAUGGACAGGUCCAGGAUGAGUUGGUGAUAGACAUGGAGAAGUCAACACACGAGUUUGGCACCGAUACAGAAGAUGUGAAUAUUCAUAAGGAAUGCUCAGUUGCCACCAGAAAUGACUGUAGUAUGAGAGAAAAGGAAUUUAAUGUAUAUAGCUGUAAUUUCUGCCUACAGUGCUUUCCUUCAAAAUACAGGCUCAUAAAGCAUGUGUUUAUCCACAUUGAUGGCACACAACCACCCUUGUAUGUUUGUAAUUGGUGUGGUGACGUAUUUCCAAAUAAUGUUAGUUUGAAAAAACAUUUGAGAAUGGGUGAGAAUUAUCAUGUCUUAACCGAUGGCAGCCAUGAAAAGAAUGGCUAUAGUGAUGAGCAUCAAAGCAGUAUCUUCUUGGAUAGUGAGCCAGAAGUUUCGAUUAUAGAACACAAUGAGCAGUCUUCAUAUAAGGAAACUUGGAAAGCUACAAAGAAGUCUUCUAAUGACAUGUGUAACACACACAUGACAAAUGAUGCAGAGAAAUCAAGUGAUUAUGUAACAUUAUCUAUAGCUGUUAAUGUCAGUGCCCAAACUAAUGUACUUACUGCAAACAGAACCCACAGAUGUGGUAUUUGUGGCAAAUUGUUUGCUAGCUCACAUAAUCUCAAGAGACACACACUCAUACAUGCCGGGAAAAGACCUCACAAAUGUGAGAUUUGUGGGAAAUCUUUUGCUUCCUUAGACUAUCUCAGAAAACACACAUUAAUUCACAAUGGAAAGAAACCGCAAAAAUGUGAAAUUUGUGGGAAAUCAUUUAUUGUGUUACGCAGUCUGAAGACACAAUUUUAUUUCACACUGGAAAGAAACCGCACAAUUGUGAUAUUUGUGGGAAAUCUUUUACUAUGUUAAGCGAUCUCAAGAAACACACAUCAAUUCACACUGGAAAGAAACCUCACAAAUGUGGUAUUUGUGGUAAAUUGUUCGCUGGGUCAGGUGAUCUCAAGAGACACUCAUUCCUACAUACUGGGAAA